UUUUUUUCUGUUUUUUUUUUUUUUUUUUUUUUUUUCGUGCUUGUAUAUUCAACAUGGCUCCAAAACGAGACUUGACACCAAAACAGGUGUCUAAUGGGUUAUCCUAUGUGCAGAAGGAGGCACCCUUUAUCUCUCGUAUGAAGAACAAGACGCAGGAAAAGGAAAGAGCCAUGCAAAAGUUUGAGAAUUACGAGGAUGGGCAGGACGAUGAAGACUAUGAUGAGCUAGACGGUGCACAAGUGGUGGAAUUAGACGCUAAGGGCAAAGAGAUUCACAAGGAUACGGGUGAAAAGAGUGAGAGCGAAGAAGAAAAGGAAAAGGUGAUUGAGCCCGAACAACCUGCAGUAGAUGAGACUGGCCGUAUCUUGUUUCGUAAGAGAGCAAAGAAAGAUACCUCAAAGAGAGACUUACAGGCCAUUAUUGAUGCCGAAAAAGGUGAACCGGUAAAAAAAAAGAAAAAGAAGCAACAAAAAGUGUCUCUGUUGUCAUUUGAAGACAAUGACGACUAAUUUUUAUUUUAUUUUUAUUCUCCACACACACACCCAAUAAAAACUUUAUUUAAUUUGUGUGU